AUGGCAGAGGAGGGAAUGGGGAGCUCGGAGGAGGAACAGACGAAGCAGAUGACGACGACGACGCCGGCAACACCGCUGUGGAAGAAGAGGAAGUGGCUAUCCAAGCCCCUGUCGUUGGGGGAUACGCGCAGAGAGAUUGCGUGGGAGAAAAGGCGAACAAGAUCGGAGCGAGGGAGGAGGGCGGGGAAGAGUCAUGAUUUUUACGAUCACGUGACGGACGAGGACCUGAGCGAGCUGAGAGGGUGCAUAGAAUUGGGGUUUGGGUUCAACGAGGAAGACGGCCAGGCGCUGUGCGCCACAUUACCCGCACUCGACCUCUAUUUCGCCGUCAACCGCCAGCUCUCAGCCUCCCCUCGCUCUUCCUCCUCCUCCUCUCCCAGCCCAACUAGCGACGCUGAUUCAUGGAAGAUUUGCAGCCCUGGGGAGGAUCCAGAGCAAGUGAAGAUGAGGCUAAGGCGGUGGGCUCAGGCGGUCGCAUGCUCGGUGAUGCAGUCUUCUUGA